GAAGCCCCGCACUUCUUCUAGCGGCACAGCUGCGGUAGGAGUCUACACCAGAACCACCGACACUUUCAGGGCUACUCUCAACCCGUCUCCUGUUCACAGAGCGACAUUUUGGUAUCCACUCUGACAAGAGCAAAGGCAGAACCAUGAGGAUCUACCUUAUGCUGGUGCUGUGCCUGGCCGGUGCCGCCUGCGGCAGGUCCGUACAGGAGGUGGAGAAUCUGCUGGAGACCCUCCGAGAGGCACUGGAGACCGUCGACGGGGCGUCUGAGCUUGGAAGGAGGGCCGAGGGGGAGACGGAGACCGUCAAAGUGAGCGAGAACGGCGUGGUCUUCGCCGAAACGAUCAGCUUUGAUGACGAGCACAACUGUGAGACCCUCCACGUGCCUGCGCACAACGGGCGGGCAGAGGUGGACAUCCGUCACUGCUUCAAAGACAAAGAGGGUAAGACCGGCACGUCCAUGUACUGCUACACUAAGGACUCCAAGUGUUUCCUGCUCCGCGUGGAAGACGAAGGGGAGCCCGGCGGUCUUGAGGAGCAGGAGGCAGGCAUUAAGCAGUUUAAGGGCCAAAACGACCCCGUCCUGGACGCAGACGGCAUCGAAGUCCACGAGAACCGCUGGGUCGUCACCGGCGCAGCAGAGCGCUCAGUACUGCCCGAAGUUCUCGCCAGCUUCAAGCCCGACUUCCCGGUCUUCUUCGCAGACCACCUGGAUGAAGACGCAGAAAUUCUGUCAGACGAUGGUGGGGACGAGACUGGAGAAGACGACAAACGACAGCUGCCCGGCUGUCGUUACGGAGGAAGUUACCAGCAAAAGUACGUUGUGUACUCCCCCGCGGGGUGCGAGUAUCUGGUCUCCUGUGCUAGAGAUGCUCAUGGGAACUCGCAGUGCCCCAGACGCCACGUCACCGACACCGUAUUCAUGACUUGCCUGUGCUGCCCAGAAGCCACCACCAAGCAGCAAUGUCAUUUCUGCCAGAAUCUCUAAAGUGGUCACUACGACAAUACCGGCGUUUGCCGCAAGUAAGGCAACUGACAAGCGUAAAUGUCAUGGAGCAAAAUGCAUCAGUGGGACACACAAAACGUGUCCAGAUAUAGCUCAUAGCAAUUCAGCAAUCAAGCUUUCAAAGAGCAACUUCUUACUAUUCAAGUUAACUCAUAACCUCCCUAAGUGGUCUGUAGUAACCUAUCAUAACGUAUCUUUCUUUAGACAUUAUCCCGUUCUCAAUAUACUAGUAUUAAGAUCUCAUCACUGUUGACUAGUUAAAUUGUUUUAACUUGGACUUACCAACAUAGAAACUGUCUUGAAAGACCUUUUCCUGCCAUACAAGGCAUUCAAUAAAGACCAACAAAGUGCCUGUGUUUUGUUUUAGGACUGAGAUAAAACAUUCUCAAUAUAUAUGAACGUAACGAAUCUGUACACCAAACUUUUCACCGUUUCGGAUCUGUGUUUAUGGUGACAUUCCUACAAAUUUUGGAGAUAUUGGUGACAAGUUAUCCUAUUCUACAUGUUACUCAUCUUCCAUAACACUUCUGUAUGAGCUCGCUUCUUGCUUUUUGUAUACCCAAGAGUUGUAGCAGCAAUAAAAGUGCAUUGCACAA